AUGGCAAAGAGAAGGGAAAUCAUAAAUUCAUCCUACCAAAGAAAACAAGAGAAUCAUUUAAGGAAAACAAAUUUGAUUUCCUACUCAAGAAAUGAUAAACUGGACCAAGUGGGCCAACAGAAUCAAACAGUGCUGACUGAAUUCAUUCUAAUGGGAGUCACAAGGCACCCUGAGUUGCAGUACCCGCUUUUCGGGGUGUUUCUCCUCAUCUACAUGAUCACAGUGGUGGGCAAUCUGGGCCUGAUCAUCUUGACCAAGAUGGACUCCCGCCUACACACACCUAUGUAUUUUUUCAUCAGACACCUGGCCUUUAUUGAUCUUGGUAAUUCUACUGUCAUUUGUCCCAAGAUGUUAGUAAAUUUUGUUGUGGAUAAAAAUACCAUUUCCUAUUAUGCAUGUGCCACACAGAUGGCUUUCUUCAUUAUGUUCAUUAUCAGUGAACUUUUUAUCCUUUCAGCCAUGGCCUAUGACCGCUAUGUGGCUGUCUGUAACCCUCUGCUCUACAAUGUUAUCAUGUCCCAAAGACUUUGCCAUGUGCUGGUGGGCAUUCCAUAUCUCUACAGUACCCUUCAGUCUCUGAUGUUUACCAGUAAGACUUUUACAUCCAUCUUCUGUGACUCUAAUGUCAUCAGUCGUUUCUACUGUGAUGAUGUUCCCUUGCUAUCUAUGCUUUGCUCAAAUUCACAAGAAAUAGAAUUGAUGCUCAUGAUAUUUUCAGCAUUUAAUUUGAUAUCCUCCCUCCUGGUUGUCCUGCUGUCCUACCUGCUGAUUCUGAUAGCCAUAUUUCGAAUGCAUUCUGCCAAGAGCAGGAAAAAAGCUUUCUCCACAUGUGGCUCUCAUCUGACAGUGGUGGUUGUGUUUUACGGGACCCUAUUAUUUAUGUAUGUGCAGCCCAGAUCUGCUCACUCAUAUGACACUGACACAGUGGCCUCUGUGUUUUACACUUUAGUCAUCCCUAUGCUUAACCCUUUGAUAUACAGUUUGAGGAACAAAGAGGUAAAAAGUGCCUUCCACAGGGUUUUUAAUAAUUGA